UGAAGCUGCAUUUAUUUACUACUUAGGAUAAAUGCAGCUUCACGAACAUUGACUUCCUUCAUUAAGGACUGCUCUUACUCAGGUUGCCAAUUUGGGAGGCAUGCCUUUGCAGAAUGUGGCUGAUGGGUAUGAAUCAAAAGUUAUCCAGAAAAUAAUUAACAUACUUAAGGAUAAAGUGACAUGUAACACCUUAAGUAUGACAAGACAUCUAGUUGGAAUUGGUCCUUCAGUACAUGACAUCGGUUUAUGGUUAAGAAAUGGUUCUGACAAUGUGGAAGUGUUUGCACUUUAUGGCGUUGGAGGAGUGGGAAAGACAACCAUUGCCAAAUACGUUUACAACAUGAACUUUCAACUAUUUGAAGGUGGCAGUUUCUUGGAAAAUAUAAGAGAAUAUUCUGAACGCUCUGAUGGUUUAGUGUGUCUACAAAGACAACUCCUUUCUAAUAUUUCCAACCGAGAGUCGCCAACAAUAAAAAAUAUUAAUGAUGGCAUGCUUAAGAUAAAAAGUGCCCUUCAUCACAGAAAGCUUCUAAUAGUCUUGGAUGAUGUGGAUGAAGUUGAACAACUAGAUGCAGUAUUUGGUAUGCGAGAGUGGUUCCACCAGGGAAGCAAAAUUAUCAUAACCACUCAGAAUGUGCAUUUGCUGAAUGCUUUUGAGCAUUGUACGAGAUAUGCUAUAAAAACAUUAAAUUCUGAUGAUUCAUUGGAGUUGUUUAGUUUGCAUGCAUUCCAAGACAGUAGCCCCUCAGAAUGUUACAUAGAGCACUCAGAGAGGAUAAUAAAGCUAUGCCAAGGUCUUCCUUUAGCUCUUAAGGUUCUAGGAGCUUCUCUACGUGGCAAGAAGUUAGAUGUUUGGAGGAGUGCGAUAGAAAAACUGGAAACCAUUCCUCACUGCAAGAUCCAGAAGAUUUUGAGAAUAAGUUACGACUCUUUGCAAGAUGACCAUGAUAGAGAUUUGUUUCUGGAGAUUGUAUGUUUCUUUAGUGGAGAGGCCAAGUCUUUCGUGGUUGGGAUACUAGAUGAAUGUGGUUAUUACACAUUAAUUGGAAUUGAUAAUCUUAUUGAUAGAUGUUUACUGAAGACUGAUAAAUAUGGAAAUCUUAAAAUGCAUCAAUUAGUUCAGAGCAUGGGUAGAGAAAUAAUACGUCAGCAAUCACCUAGAGAUCCAGGGCAAAGGAGUAGACUGUGGCAUUGCAGAGACUCCCUCAAAGUAUUAAAAGAUGAAACUGGAACCGGAGCAGUUGAAGGCCUGGCACUAGAUAUGAAUACAACUAAUGCAUAUCCGGCGGAGUUAAGAACAAAAGCUUUUUUCUUGAUGCAAAAGCUAAGACUACUUAAGCUGAAUAAUGUACGACUAAGUGGAGGUUACAAGGACUUCCCUAAAAAUUUGAAAUGGUUAUGUUGGCAUAAAUACCCUUUAACGUCUUUACCGGCUGACUUCCCUUUAAGUAGCUUAGUUGCAAUUGACAUGCAGAGUAGUAAACUGCAAACCUUUAAUCAAGGAAACGUGCUUCUUGGAUCAUUAAAGUUUCUAAAUCUAAGCCACUGCAAUGGCCUUGUGAAAACCCCAGACUUUGCAACACUUUGCGCUCUUGAGCAAUUGCUCCUCGAAGAUUGUGCACGUUUAAUUGAGAUUGACGAAUCUAUUGGAAUGGCUCAAGGACUUGUGUUGAUAAAUUUAAAAGACUGCAAACUUUUAAAAAAGCUUCCAGAAAAUUUAUGCAUGCUCAAGUUACUAGAAACACUAAUCAUAUCAGGUUGUUCAAGUCUUGGUAUGUUUCCGACGGAUAUGAGAAAGAUGGAAUCCUUAAAAACAUUUCAUGCUGAUGGACUCAAUUUUGGUAAUUCAUCUGAUGGAAUUGAAAGUUGUACAAAUCAAAAUAUUUCAUGGCGAGAAUUCAUCUGGGGUUUGGUAUCUGGACCAAGUACAAGUCCCAAACUCUCGUUGACUUCUUUACCAUUCAAUUCCAUUACAAGAUUGAGUCUGGUACAUUGCAAUCUACAAGAUAGUUCAUUUCCCAAGGAUUUUAGAGUCGCAUCCUCACUUGAACACUUAAACCUGAGUCAGAACCCAAUCCGCUUUCUACCAGAUUGCUUUAAAGGUCUAGAAGAGAUCAAACGUCUCGAAUUACGGAAUUGCAACCAGCUUCAAACACUUGAAGGAUUACCAAAAAUAGAGUCUCUUGCGGUUACUCAUUGCCGAUUAUUGGAGAAAAUUAAAGCUCAGUGUAAAACUUGUUCUUUUCCGUUACACUGUGAGAAAUUACUUGAGAUGGACUAUGGCUUCAAGAUUGCACCAAUAGAUGAGAUAGACCCAGAAUUGAUCAGCAAUUGUGGUAUUUGUGAUGUGGAAUCCAUGAAAGUUAUCCACAUUAGAUUAUACAAUGAAUUGACCGCUGCCGAAACACGAUGCUCAAUCCAGGGAGUACACGAAUUUCCAUUUGGGUGUAAAUCAUUAAACAUAUUUUACCCUGGGAGCAGUGUUCCAACAUGGUUCACUAAUCAAAGUUACGGGCCUUCAUUAUCCUUUAUGAUAUCACAUUCUAAACUUAGAUACUUAAACACUUGCAUUGUGUACAAACUGAGCUCGGUUCGAAGAAAGAGGACUUUCUACCUGGUAUUCCAUAACAUGACCAAACAUAAAAUGAUUUUGUAUCAUCCAAUCUGUUAUGGCAUCCCUGAAGGUGAUGAAUAUAUGACUUGGAUAUGCCACUGGAAAUUAGGUACUCACGAGGUGGGACCUGGAGAUGAGGUCAAGAUUUCAGUAGCUGAUCAUUUAGAUGAUGACCAUUUUGAGUUGAAAGAGAUUGGCGUCUAUCUUGUGUAUGAAGAGCAAGAACAGGAAGGUUUUCAUUUAGCCAAAAGACAAAAAAUCCAAGAAACAUGUGAGCAAAUAUCUCAGUAUGUCAUCCCAUCGGAAAGGAAGCCAUCGGCAUAUCAUGGAACGACACAAGUAUACAUCGGUGGCACCCGCACCCCCGCACCCGCACUCGUGCUUCCUAGCUGGGAUAGAAUCAGCCAAUAUAGACCGCUGGUUGGAGAGAUAUUUUGGAAAUUAUAUGGCAUUGGAGAAUGGUAAGCCCUCGAGUCCUGACAGUGAACUCAACUAAUUAUGUCCUACAUCCUACAGACACGUGUUGUAUUCAGAAGCUUUUUCAUUAUGCAGAGGAGCCGUUAUGAUCAAUGCACUUUCCCCAUUGUUUUAUUUCAGUAUCAAACUAAGCUCUAGUAUCAGCUGUUGAAAUUGGUGUGUUGUUCCCGAAAAGCACUUCUGUAUAUGAUCUGUAUGCCGCCUUUAAUUCCAUACUUAUUUUCAUUUUUUA